AUGAUAACCGGUGGAGCUAGUGGAGUAGUACAAGUCCAUAGCAUUAUAGCAAGGUUGUUUAUACAACAUGAUGCCAAGGUUCUCGUUGUCAAUAUCCAAGAUGAACUUGGUCGCUGCCUCUAUAUGAAGAACUUGGCUCCCAAAAUUCAACAUCUUACAUUCCUAGUGACACGCGACUCCGAUGUGCAAAACGUUGCAGACUUGGCUGUCUCCAUGAAUGCAAAGCUUGAUGUUUUAUACAACAACGCUGAUGUUUCAAGCGACGUAGAUCCCAGAAUCUUAGCUACCACCGGUGACGAAUUCAAAAGGGUUGUUGAUGUCAAUUUUGUUUGGUGCUUUCUCAGAGCUAAACAUGCCGCCAGGAUAAUGAUUCCAGUCAAGACGAUUGGCAACUCCAUUGCUGACAAAAGGUUUGGUAACAUGGAGAAGGUUGAGUUCUUCUCAGAGACAAAUUGA